AUGACAGAAAUAGCAAAUCUUCUACAGGUUCCAUUAAAACAAGGGACAAACAAAAAGGGUGCAUAUAAUAGAACUAUGAAAGUUCCUGAUGGAAUGAAAGAAUUAGUUCAUAUUGUUGCUGGUCUUCAAAAAGAUGUUAAACAAAUGAGAAGACGUUUCACUAGUCAAAAGAACACUAACGCAAAAGCAGAGAUUACGGUUGGUUAUAACGUAAAUGAUGAUAAAUCACGAAUUAUUCAAAAUGUUAAAGUUAAUGUUAGCCCUGAAUUAACAAGGUCAGCAACUCAACCAAAUUUAUUAACUCGUGACUUACCGAAGAAUGAGGAGAAUGAAGAAAACCAUGAGAAUGGAGACCCAAUCAUUUUAUCUGAACCUGGUAAAGAACCUGUUGAAAUUCCCACUUAUCCAACAUACCCCCACCUCUUUCAUCAAACAUCGAGAACCCAUAUAAAAUAG